CGACCCAACCCAAACAGGAAGUGUAAACACUUCGAACGUAACAGCAGCGCACGUGAUAGCCCUUCUCUUCGAAUCCUCAGCAUUCACCACUUGGGACUCAGUUGGUUGGUGUGUGCACCAGAAUAGUCGAGACCAUGGACUCGAUCAGUUGUUCGAUCUACUGAAGGAUCCAGUGACUAUUCCCUGUGGACACAGCUACUGCAAAGGCUGUAUCAAGGAAUAUUGGUCUCUUGAUGACCAAAAUAGAAUUCACAGCUGCCCCCAGUGCCGACAGACCUUCACCCCAAGACCUGCUCUGAAUUGAAACAUUCUGCUGUUGAGAUGCAGAGAUGACUGAGAAACAGGAACUGGAAGAGCAGGAAAUUCCAGCCAACUCCAAAGUUGAGUUGUUCCAGUGACAUACACUCAGGGUUGGGGGAGAAACGGCAGCAAGUUGGGCUGAGAAUCUGUGAGAGGGAAGGAGAUGCAGGACAUAAGACAGGCGGCGAUGUCCCUUUCACUUUCAGCACAGGCAGCAGUGGAGCACUGUGAGCUGGUCUUUGCUGAGCUGAUCCGCUCCAAUGAGAGAAGGUGCGGUGAGGUGAAGGAGCAGAUCAGUGCCCACCAGAGGGCGUCAGUAAGCCAGGCUGAAGGACUCCUGGUGCGAAUGGAGCAGGAGAUAGCUGAGCUGAAGAGGAGAGACAAGGAUCUGGAGCAGCUCGCACAAACAGAGGAUAACAUUAAUUUAGACUUUCCAGUCUCUUUGUGUGGCUCCUGCAUCUGAGCUCUUACCCUAUAUCACUGCCAACCAGCACUUCUCCUUUGAGGAAGUGAAGAGCUCCAUCUCUGGAAUGAUGGAGCGACUGGAGGAUGUAUUGAAGGAGGAAAUGGUCCAGAUACCUGGAAAAGUAACGGCUGCCUCCGAAGUCUGUGACCUCAGGCCAAGACCAGAAUUAAUGGAUGCUGCUGAAGUACAUUUCCAUCACGAGCCCAAGACCAGAGUGGAGUUCUUGGAGAACUACUGCCAUCUCACGUUGGAUCCCAACUCGGCGUAUCAACACCUGCGUCUGUCUGAGUGCAAUAGAGAAGUGUCAUGGAGUGACAAGGCUCUGUCUUAUUCUGACCACCCAGACAGAUUCACAGACCACUACCAGGUGUUGUGUAAAGAGGAUCUGUCUGGAACCCGCUACUGUGAGGUGGAUAGGAGGGGGGAGUGUGAGGUAGCCAUCACAUACAGAAGCAUCAGCAGGAAGGGCGGAUUGGAAUGUUGCUUUGGUUCCAAUGAUCAGUCCUGGAGUUUGGUGUGUCGCAACUCGAGUUGUUCCUAUUGGCACAAUAAGAAUAGGACUGAUAUCCCUGUCCCCUGCUCCACCAGAGUAGGAGUGUAUCUGGACAGCAGGGCAGGGACUCUGGCCUUCUACAGCGUCUCGGAUACAAUGACCCUCCUCCACAGAGUCCAGACCACAUUCACUGAGGACCUCUGUGCUGGGUUUUGGGUUGGUCCUGGUUGUGGAUCAUCUGUGGCUCUGUGUUGACUGAACUUCAUAGAAUCAAGUGCAUUUCAAAUCAAAUUGUAUUUGUCAAAUGCGCCGAAUACAACAGGUGUAGGCUUUACUGUGCUUAUUUACAAGCCCUUUCCCAACAAUACGGAGUUAAAAAGUAGGAAAAAAUAGGGGAAAAAUGAAGGAAACAGUGACAAUAAAAUAACAAGGCUAUAUACAAGGAGAGUACCUGUACCGACUCAAUGUGCAGGGGUACGAGGUAAUAUGUAUAUGUAGGUAGGGGUAAAAGUGACUAGGCAAUCAGGAUAGAUAAACAGAGUAGCAGCAGUGUAUGCAAAGAGUGUGAAACUCUUGUCUGUGUGUGAGUGUGUGGCAUCAAUGUGUGGUGUGUGUGUUGGCGUGUCAGUGUAGUAUGUGUGUGGGUAGAGUCCAGUGAGUGUAUAGAGCCAGUGGUCAAUGAAAAUAUGAAGGAAAUAUAAGACAGAUCACUUGGGAAAACUGGAGAAAGUUGAUUUGCUUAAAAUCGUGACAUGGAUGAAGGGAGUUGACACUUCAUUUAGGAGUCCUGCUGCGAAGCCGCUCUUUAUCUACAAUGUGUGAGUCCAGCUUUACUAUUGGGGAGGGCUGGAACCUAUGUUUUAAAGAUUACAUUAAUAAAUAAAAUACAUAUUUUGUUUUUAGUAUAAUUUGUAACUUGAUAAAAUAAAGAACAAAACUAAAGUU